GCUUCCACUUCCGGGCGGGUCUGCUCUUCAUCGCCGGUGGAAGAAGAAGAAGAAGGAGAGGAGCGGAAGGAGGAGGAGAAGUUCACCCGGCAUCGAUGCUUCGAGCUGGGAGGAUGGAGGAGUUUGUAACGGAGGAGGAGGAGCCGUGGUACGACCAGCGGGACCUGGAGCAAGACCUGCAUUUGGCUGCGGAGCUCGGCAAGACUCUCCUCGAACGCAACAAGGAGUUGGAGGACUCUCUCCAGCAGAUGUACAUCAACAACGAGGAGCAAGUGCAGGAGAUAGAGUACCUGUCCAAGCAGCUGGAAAUGCUGAGGGAGAUGAACGAGCAGCACGCCAAGGUGUACGAGCAGCUGGACGUGACGGCCCGAGAGCUGGAGAUCACCAACGAGAAGCUGGUGCUGGAGAGCAAGGCCUCGCAGCAGAAGAUAGACAGGUUGACGGGCACUAUGGAGACCCUGCAGAGUCAGGUGGACGGUCUCACGACUCGGGUGGAGGAGCUGCGGACCCUGGAGGAGCUGAGGGUGCACAGAGAGAAGAAGGAGCGGCGCAAGACGGUCCACUCGUUCCCCUGCCUCAAGGAGCUCUGCACUGCUCCCAGAUACGAGGACGGGUUCCUCUUGGCCAACCCUGGCAGCGUCGACCUGGUGGAGAAGGAGCCUCUUGACAAGGAAAACGAUCGCCUCAGAGACAUCGUGUCCUCCCUGCACUCGGCCAUGGCCUCGGAGCGGUCGAAGCGGGAGAGCGUGGAGAGGGAGUGCGCCAUGGUGCUGCAGGAGUUCGAGCAGCUGGAGCAUCGCCUGCUGGGCGCUGAAGGCUGCAAGCUGCGGGUCCAGGAGCUCGAGGCGGAGCUGCUGGAGAUGCAGCAGCUCCGGAAGUCCAGGGUGUGUCUCAUCGGAGACAUGGAGGACGGCUUGGAGACGCUGCUCGGCAACGGCCCCGAGACGGACACCCCGGAGGAGGAAGGUGGACAGGAGGAGGGGGGUGAAGCCGAGGGAGGAGCCGGGCAGCAGGGCGGAGGCCCGGUGCGGAAGAGCUGCAGUGACACGGCCCUGAACGCCAUCUCGGCCGCGUCCGGCCGGCGCCAGGGCGGGUACCCGCUUCAGGGCAACGGCGCCCGCAAACGGGGGAUGUCCAUCCUGCGUGAGGUGGACGAGCAGUACCACGCCCUGCUGGAGAAGUACGAGGAGCUGCUGGGGAAGUGCAGGCGCCACGAGGAGACCCUGUGCCACGCCGGGGUGCAGACCUCACGGCCCGUCUCCAGAGACCCCUCCAUGAGGGAGUACAGCAUGAGCUCAGCGGAGCCUUCCACGUCCGGGGCCGGCGCCGUCGGCCCCCCAACGCCUCCGCAGACCCCCUCCACGCCGGAGGCGCUGGAGGGGAUCAGCAGGCAGGUGGAGCAGGUGGACAAGCGGCUGAGUCAGAACACGCCAGAGUACAAAGCGCUGUUCAAAGAGAUCUUCUCCCGGCUGCAGAAGACCAAGAGGGACAUGAACUCCCCGAAGAGCCGAAAGACUCACAAAUAAAACUGAACCCCCCCUUCCACCCCGCAGUGAAGAACCUAAAUGCACUGAGAAAAGCUCAAGCUAAUUUACAAAGCAUUACCUCACAGUUCAGCUGCUGAAGUAUAGGAAACACUACUUAUUCAUGUAAAACUGCCAAAUGUUAUUUUGCUGUGCAGGAUGUCUUAUACAGGACAGAGAUCAGAAGGUAAAGAUGGUUUUGUUUAGUUUUUUGUAAUCCAGAUGUCAGAGUGACUGACUAUUUAUUUCAGUAAGAAGCCAAAUGAACCUAAAGCAGAAAGCGUGAGGGGCUUUGGACAUUUCCAGCAUGUACUUGUUUAUAACUUCACUAAAUGCUUAAAAAAAUGACUAAAUAAAAUCACAAGCUUUAAAACUGAAGUAAAUCUUAAUGUUAUAUAUUUAAUUUUGUUUUCCUGGAUAUGAUAAAUUCAGAGAAUCAGCAUUUAAAUUAUAUCUGAAGUUUACUUGCACAUGCUGCAGGAUUAAAAUUUUUCAUACAGCCUCUUUAAUAUCCCCUCAAAAGGUAAAUUUAAUUGUGUUUUUGUAGCCAUCAACAAGCUUCAGACAAAAGCUCUGGGCAGAUAUUUAGCCACUCUUCUUGGGCAAGUUGGUUGUUUUCAUCUACAUUGUGUACAUUCAUGGCACGGACUUUGUUCUUAAGCAGUUUUGAACAGGUCAAUAGAGGUCAGGGUUUUGGGAGGGGCAGUCUAAGCCAGCAUUCAAUUCAGUUUAGUUUACAAUCCAUCAAACCACAGCAAUGCUAUCUUGACGGAUUUUGCAAAAACAAUGAGGUUAAUAGAUUUAGCAGUUAAGAUUUCAGUGAUUCGAUUAUUUUAAAACGGGUUUAGAAAAGAUGUACAGAAAAAAUAAAACUGAUGUGCCAGUUUUUUUUUUUCCAUGUUU